GCAAUAGAGGUCUACGAAUCGAUUAAAGUAUUAAUUAAUCACAAUAAAACAUAAGGCUUAAACGUCUUACGAAAGAUUCAGUGUAACCGGCAAAUUAGGUUUUUUGGGAUAAAUUACAUGUCGUCCAAAUUCACAUAGAUACAGAAUGGAAGAUCCUGAAUCAGAAUCAUUUUUUGGACGUUGGACCUGGAAUUGGACAGAAUUAUGUGGAUAUCGCGGAAGUAUAGAGCCUCUAAAUCCAGUUACACACGAUUUAGAACUAUGUUUUCAACAGUUCUAUCUCCAACUCCCGACGCUCGCACUGAUGGCAAUAAUAUCAGCAUACUUCUGUGGCAAGCACAAUUAUUCUCAUGAACGGGUUUCCCACAUUGCCAUAAAUUUGAGACUGAUUAUAACGGCUGUUUUAGCCAUUCUUCCUAUAAUAAAAGCUUACAUAAUUGUCACGAACACAACGAUAACGCCACUCAAUGACGCAUUCAGCAACGUUAUGAGUUCGACCCCGACGACACUAUCAUCAUUGGCGAAUUCUCAAAUUCUUUAUGGCAUGAAUACUGGUGGACAUGGACUUUUGACAAAGAUCCGUGACGGACUCAACAACACCUCGAGCAUAGCGAAACUGAUAUUUUACAACCAUGCAAAUCACUCUUACUCAAAUACUUCGUUAUUCACGGAAAAUGGAAGUAAUCUGCCAUUGAGUAUGAAAUACGCGAAUCAAGCAACGGCUGCCAAACCAAUAGAUUAUCUGAUCGCGGGUACCGAAGGCGUUGCUUGGGUUGUUCAUCUCUGUUUCAUUCUUACUCUACGUCGAAGCAACAGCCUCAAUAUGCGAGGACCCGUCGCUGUAAGAGCUUUGAUUUUCAUGCUCAUUGGUGUCUCUGCUUUGCUUUUACGAACUCACGUAAAACACAAUCCGUUUGAUGAUGUUUUGCCCAAUCUGUCUCUCGGAUUCAGCAUUGCAGUUGUCACUCUUUUGAGUUUUUAUGUUUUGACGCUUAUUCCUGGUUAUGGCUCAAACCGGACAAACCGAUACAGUGAAGUAAACGAGCGAACGUCGCUCUUGAGUUCACCAAAUUCUGCCUAUGUACAUUUCAUGGAAGUUCAAGAUCCAAGUUAUCUCGGGACUGCUAUGGAGAAUUCAACGAUUUUAUCCAAACUUCUGUUUCACUGGGUUACACCAUUGAUGGAGAAAGGGGUCCGAGGAUUGCUGAGACACCCCGACGAUCUUUACGAUUUACCGGAUCACAUUACUACUGCGAUGAUUAAUUAUGAAAUUGAUAAGAGCAUAAGGAGAAUGCCUCGAGCGAAAAGGAGAACCAACUUCAACGGUUUUAUUUCGGAGACACCGGAGAUCGAAGUUAUUUCGUCAAGGAAUAACGUGUCGUUGCUACGACUGCUGCAUCGAAAUUUUGGAUGGCAAUUUUAUGCCGUAGGCAUACUGAAAUUUGUUGCCGAUUGUACUGGAUUCGUGGGUCCAUUGUUAUUGAACAAACUCGUUGGUUUUAUCGAGGAUAAAAAUAAACCGAUAUCCUAUGGCUACAUGUAUGCAGCACUCAUGUUUUUCAGUACACUUUUAGGAGCGUUUUGCAUUACGCAUUUCUCGUUUUGGAUGUCCAUAGUGGGUUUGAAAAUUCGGGCAGCCAUAAUAUCGCUCGUUUAUCGAAAAACGUUGCACUCUUCGAAUGUUGAGUUGAAUCGCCAAUUCACGUUCGGUGAGAUCGUUAAUUUCAUGAGCACCGACAGCGACAGAAUCGUUAACAGUUGUCCUAGUUUUCACACGUUUUGGAGUAUUCCCCUUCAGCUCGCAGUAACGCUGUAUCUUUUGUACGCACAAAUUGGCCUAUCAUUCCUCGCUGGUGUUGCUUUUGCCGUUGUUCUUAUACCGAUAAACAAAUUUCUGGCUAAUAAAAUUGGUCAACUCAGCACCAAGAUGAUGAAUUACAAGGAUAAAAGAGUAGGAUUGAUGGGUGAAACUCUUCGUGGUUUGACUACUAUCAAACUUAAUGCUUGGGAGGAAUAUUUUCUCAGGAGCAUAUUCAAGCUUCGAGAGCAGGAAUUAAAAUAUCUGAAAGGGCGCAAAUAUUUGGACGCGUUGUGCGUUUAUUUUUGGGCGACAACGCCAGUUCUAAUAUCAAUAUUGACUUUUGGUACGUACGUAUUGGUCGGAAAUCAGCUUGAUGCGAAAACCGUUUUCACGAGCAUGGCAUUAUUGAAUAUGCUCAUCGGACCAUUGAACGCAUUCCCGUGGGUUUUGAACGGUUUAACCGAGGCGUGGGUCUCGGUCAAGAGGAUCCAGCGACUUUUGGAUUUACCAGAUUUGGAUAUAUCGACAUAUUAUGCGAAUCCGCCUCCAGGUGUUGAUAUUAUGCUGAAAAACGCCUCCUUCUUCGUAAGUGACAAUCACGAUGAUCAAACUGUGACUAAAGUUCCCGAAUCUCCGGCUCCUUCGACGUCGAGCAGCAAGAAAGUCGUCACAUUUGAGGGGGAACGUGUGUUCACGUUGAAAAAUCUCAACAUCGACGUUCACAAAGGACAGCUUAUCGGCGUGAUGGGAAAAGUGGGCGGUGGAAAAUCGCUACUUCUGGAUGGAAUUUUAGCCGAAAUAACGCGGGCAGAAGGAGUAGUGGCGGUUCACGAUUUGGACCAAGGAUUCGGUUACGUCAAACAAAAUCCCUGGCUGCAGCGAGGAACUAUCAGAGACAAUAUUUUAUUUGGAAAAGCUUACGAUCACAACAAGUAUAAAAAUAUAUUAACGGCUUGCGCUCUGACGGAUGAUCUUAUGACCUUGCCGAAGAAAGAUUUGACGGGCGUGGGCGAAGCUGGAAACACACUUUCCGGUGGUCAAAGAACAAGGAUAUCACUCGCACGAGCUGUUUACGCGGACAAAGCAAUCUAUCUGUUGGACGAUAUACUCGCGACCUUGGAUACAAAAGUUGCAAAGCACAUAUUCCAGCACGUUGUUCUUGGUUUGUUGAGCAACAAAACUCGAAUAAUGUGCACACAUCAAACGCAAUAUUUAAUUCACGCGGAUCUGGUAAUCGAAAUGUCAAAGGGUACAGUAGUGAAGCAAGGCGUGCCGAGUGAUAUUCUGCCAGAUUUGGAAGACUAUUUGUUGUCAUCAGGAUUGACCGAUUCGGAUUUCGAGGCAGCUCCAAUUUCUGGACUACCUAAGAGUUAUGACGAGCUCGUAAACGUGGACAAAGAUGCUUUACUCGACGAGGAAUUUGUGGAAAGAGGAACUGUCAGAUUCGGCGUUUACUCAGCGUACAUGAGCGCAAUCGGACGUUAUUUGGCAAUGUCCAUUUUUCUGUCGAUGCUCAUGAUGCAGUGCUCCCGGAAUUUCACCGAUUUGUGGCUUUCAUUUUGGGUCACCCACGCAAACGAAACCUCGGCUAACACGACAAACUCGAGCCAUCAACUGAAUGUGCUUCAACUUGAAGCUUCUUUGGAUGACGACAACGGAGUGGAAUAUUAUCUCAAGAUUUAUGCCCUAUUGGGCUUGCUCAAUUCGAUUUUUACUCUUAUACGCGCGUUCAUGUUCGCUUACGGUGGCAUCCAAGCGGCUUACUCCAUGCAUAAGCAACUACUCAAAAUUGUCAUGAGGGCUCGAACUACGUUCUUCGAUUUACAUCCACUAGGAAGAAUAUUGAACAGGUUUUCGUCCGAUACUUACACCAUCGACGAUUCUCUACCUUUCAUCGCGAAUAUCUUGCUGGCACAGUCUUUCGCCUUGAUAGGAUCAAUCGUCGUUACUGCUUACAGUCUUCCCUGGAUAUUUUUGUUACUGGCACCUCUCGCACCGGUUUAUCACUGGGCUCAACAACAUUACAGAUUAACCUCACGCGAGCUGAAACGUUUGUCGAGCACAGCUCUGUCACCAUUGUACGCACAUUUCAACGAGACGCUGCAAGGAUUGAGCAGCAUCCGGGCAUUCCGCGUCGUCUCUCGUUUCCGUCACGAAAACGAGCUUUUUUUAGAGGCCAGUCAAAAAACACAAUUCGCCGCGAUGGCGGCUGGUCAAUGGCUCUCACUGCGCUUACAGUUUAUCGGCGUUGUAUUACUCGCUGGUGUUUGCGUAAUGGCUGUUGUUCAGCAUCAGAUCGAAGUCGCUGAUUCGGGUUUGAUCGGAUUAGCGAUAACUUACGCUCUCUCCGUAACUGGAUUAAUGUCCGGUGUUGUGAAUGUGUUCACCGAGACAGAGCGGGAAAUCAUUGCGGUCGAACGAGUCAAACAGUAUUUGGACAAUAUUCCUACUGAAAGUAUUGACGGCGAUAAUCCUCCGUACGGCUGGCCCAGUCAGGGAGUCGUUGAAUUUCGUGAUGUUAUACUCAAGUAUCGGGAUGGUCUGACACCGUCAUUGAGAAGAUUGUCUUUCUUAACGAGACCAGCUGAAAAAAUUGGGAUCGUCGGUCGCACAGGAGCAGGAAAGAGUUCGAUUUUGAACUGUCUCUUCCGUCUCGUCGAGAUAACUGCUGGUGAAAUAUUUAUUGACAAUGUGGACGUAAAGAGAUUGCGAUUGAACGCUCUGAGAUCUCGUCUGUCGAUAAUACCACAAAAUCCAUUUUUGUUCUCCGGUACUAUUCGCGACAAUGUUGAUCCCUUGGAUCAAUAUCCCGACAUUCAAAUUUACACAGCUCUGGAAAAAUGUAAGCUUCAUUCUUUGGUACAUCGGUUAGGAGGAUUGAGAGCCAACUUGGAAGAAAAUGGUAACAACCUCAGCGCUGGACAGAAACAAUUGUUCUGUUUGGUUAGAGCUAUGUUGCAAAAUGCCAGGAUAUUGUGCAUCGACGAGGCUACAGCGAACGUCGACCAAGAAACGGACAAAGCCAUACAGACGACUAUAAAAUCUUCGUUCAGAAGUGCAACUGUUAUAACAAUUGCACAUCGCAUCAGAACAAUAAUGCACUGUGACCGAGUAAUGGUAAUGGGAGAUGGUGAAGUUCUCGAGUUCGGAGAGCCGAAUUUCCUUAUACAGAAUACGAAUUCGUAUUUUUAUCGUCUCGCGAGCCAAGAAUUUUCCGACAAAGAAUAGUCUGUGACCCCAAUCCAGAACUGGUAACUUCAUAUGAAAUAACAAGUGCACUGAACAUCAAAACAAAUCGAUGAUGACUUAAACAUAGAUUUAUGGUCGGUGACUUCGUUCGUCUGAAGUAUCCUCAACGAUCCAACAAAAAUAAGAUUGUUUUUGAAAUAUUCUGAAUUUCUAAAGCACUAUUCCAAUGUUUCUAACAAGUUGAAUUCUAAACUGAAUAAAUUCUCAACUUGCUCGACUUUUCUGUAUUUCGAAAUAUACUACGAGUAAAAAGUCCAUAAACAAAAACUUGAAAAUCAAGAGAUUCUUAUAAACAGCCGGGAACCGUGGCCUACUUUUUUUUUCAUAUUUUCAAUAUCGGAAAUUGACGAAUAAAAUAUACAAAGAUGAUUUAAUGUUUGUGAAUCGUUGUCGAAUCGCUGAGUGCUGAAUGUCAUGAAGCUGAAAUCUUUGGUUGAGAUGCCUCGUCCGAAAUACUCUUGAGCAUUUCAGUAUCACAAAUUUUGAAAUACAUAGUCUGAUAAAUUUAAAGUUAUUUAGGAUUAUUCACAUUUUUGAACAUACACUUUUAUCUACAUUCAGGAUAGGAGAGCAAAUUUUUGUUAUUAUUCGUUGAAUAUUGAAUUGUAAGUGCUAUUACUAUCGAUUGAUAUUGCUCGAUAAUUUGAUAAUUAUUUUAAAUAAUGUAAUUCUUUUGUGACACAACAAAAGAACUGCGUUUCGGAAAAGCUAGUUUUGAAUUCUGCUAUCAAAAAUUCGUAAUUAUCCGUUUCGUUCAAAUUCGGGAAUAUCGAUGCCUAUUUUUUUACCACUGUAAAAAAUGUUUGUAUAUACAUGAAAAUGUGUAUAUAGGAAAGAGUCAUGAACAGAGAUAGAGAGAAAUAUAUAAAUAUAUAUAAUAGCCGGUAGCAUGGGUUUGUACGAGGCCUCGCAAAAAGAUGGGGGGCAAUACCAAAAAAAAGUUAAGUGGUGCGUGAAGCAAGAUGAAUUUGAUGGGGAUAAUUCGUAGUAUAAAACGUCGUCAUUGUAAAUUAUUGUUUGUCUUAUAUUGCUGUUGCAUUAAGUUAGCUCGUGAUGAUAAAAAAUGUUCUAUUAAUUUUGAAAUAUUGAUUUAUUAUGCGUUACUUGUAUUAUUGACGAAGAAUUAUGAUUUUUAUGAAUCUGAUUAGAAGAAGAAGAAAAAAAGAGAGAGAGAGAGAGAGAGAGAGAGGAAACGAGUGAGAUAAUGUAUCGACGACAAUUAACUUUGAAUUCAUUACUUUAUUUAACAGCUUUUUAGUUCGCUAUUGUGAAUGCAUUUUCGUUCCGUUACGCUUAAAUGUAGAAUUUUAUGGACGUCGAACAUUCAUGAAAAGAGUUAAAUCUUCGAUUUCUAAAAACCCUCUUCCACGUUGAUCCAUUUGUUUGAACGCUUUUCGCCAAAUUGACUUUGACACUUUGAGAUUGGUGCGUUCAGUAGCCGAAUAAAAAUCCCAUAUAUCAAUGUGUCCCUUGACUAUAAAAUCGAUGUGAGAUCGUUGAUCCAUUCGUGGAUUUCCUUCGUUUAUUAUUGUAUUCGAUAAAUGAAAAUGACGAUUAAAAUAUUAUUUUCUUACAGUCACUGUCCAACAGUACGAAUAAAGUUUUUGGCUCGA